ACAGUGCGUUUUAAAAUGUUAAGUCAAUCAACAAUAUAAAUCGGGAAAAGAAACUAUAAAUGUGUUCAAUUUUCGAACCAAGAAUGAAAUGCUUCAACUAACUCAAAAGCUUCAAAUUCUUAUCUCCUAACAACACAUUUUAUUUUGAUAAAAUCCUCAUCCAACCCUUCAAUUAAUCACUACACCUCAUCAAACAUGGAUAGUUCUAGACAUUAAACAUCCAUCAAAAAAAAAAAAAAAAAAAAAACAAACAACCUUGAUGAUAAAGCUCCCAUCUCAUCUCCUUAAGUAGCCCCCACCUUCCCUCAAACAACCUUAACUAUUCACAACAGCUUCAGAAAGAGAGGGUUAGACAAGACCAGUCAAAUUACACAUAAUUUUUUUUUUCUUUUUAAUUUACAAAAAAAAUAAAAUAAAAUAAUAAUUAAUUAAUUAAAAAUAAAAUAAAAUUCCAAGCAAUAAAACCAACAAUAACGAUGCUAUUGUUUUUUUCCUCUGUUUCAGACUUUAUAUAUACCUCUCUACCAUUCCUUUACUCAGAACCUCAGACUCAGAAAAACACUCACUUUUCUCUCUCCUCCAUUUUUUUUUUUCAGAGAAUCCAAUUCAAAUCCUGUGCUAUAAUUUUCUCAAAGACUUCAAUCUCCAUUAUAAUUAAUACCCAUCAAAAAGCUUUUACUUUACUUAGCUUCCAUGGCAGCUUUUCAGCAAUACCCUGCUUCUUUUUUAGUUGACUCUGUUUUCAUGCCCGCCAUUAAAACUCCUGAAAUUGGAGCUUUCGAUGAAUUUAUUGCUAAAUCCAAUCAAUUUUACGCAUCAUCUGAAAAAUCCCAGGACCCUUUUACCAUUUAUAGUCAAGAGGGUUCUUCCAUUGAUAAUAAACCUUCUUCUGUGAGUGAAAAACAGAGGACUGAGAGUUUAUCAAUGGCGGAUAAAGGUGAUAGUAGUGAUCAAAUGACUCAAAGUUCGGUUCCUGUUGAUAAAAAGAGGAAGUCACGAAAAGGGUCUUCCUCAAAUUCUGCUAAUUCUAAGGAUGUUAAACAAGCAAAGUGUAAGAAACAGAAGGAAGAUAAAGAAGCAAUGAAAGAUAAAAGUGAUGAACCACCAAAGGGUUACAUUCAUGUUAGAGCAAGGAGGGGUCAAGCCACUGAUAGCCACAGCCUUGCUGAAAGGGUGAGGAGAGAAAAAAUCAGUGAGAGAAUGAAGACGUUGCAAGCAAUUGUUCCAGGUUGUGACAAGGUCACCGGAAAGGCCCUCAUGUUGGAUGAGAUUAUCAAUUAUGUCCAAUCCUUACAAAGUCAAGUCGAGUUUUUGUCAAUGAAGCUUGCUUCUUUGGACCCCAUGGUAUAUAAUUUUGGAUUAAUGGAUCAUGAUCCUAUGAUGUUUGGAACACAGGCCAUGACCAAUGGCAUGACAUUGCCAAUGCAACCACUAAUGCAACCCACCAGCAACGGUGGUAGUAGCAUUGAUCAACCACAAGCUUUCGCCACCACCAACGCCGUGAGCUGCUCCACCACGAGCUCGGCCUCAACUCCCACCUUUACUAGCCCUGUUGUUGAUAGCUCAACCAGUUUAAUACAACAACAGGAGCAGAAGCCAACUUUGCUUCCUUUACAGGAUGCCGGGAGUUUAUACUGGGGAUUAAAUGAGCAGCAACGACAAAGCAUCAUUAAUCAACUUGGAUUCACCAACAACUUGUAUUCAUUUCAGUAGAAUAUCAUCAUUUUUACUAGAAAUCUCUUUUAUUAGAAAACUAAUGCAAAGAUUAUAUGAAGAAAGAGGUGCCAACAAAGCAAGGGAAUUGAAGAGACAUUAUGUUCAAA